GUCGUGCCACGGGCCGUGGUGGCGCAGGAAUGUGGGCGGAUGGUGGCCGCAGGUAGGUCCCAUGGGGACACCCAGCCCGGCUGCCCUCAUUCCCGCCUUCGGCAUUCCAGCUCCCUCACAAUGGUCCCGCUGCUCCUUCUGCUCCUGGCGACAGCCCACGGGUUCCCAGAAACGGUCUCCUAUACCCCGGAACUGGCCAAGAAGUUCUUGGAGGGCCAGACCACCACCACCACUUUUGUCCUGGAGCAGCCCCGAUGUGCCUUCAAGUUUCAGGAAAACGACAUCAACAUCAGGAUCUGGCUGGUGGUGGCUGCCCCCGAGGCCGUAUCCAACUUCAACAACAGCCUGGAGCCGGGAAGCCCCGAAAGAGCCUUCCAGAAUUUCCUUAACGGAACCAAUGCCUACAUGACCCUCGGCACCACCACAGAUCACUACCCCUGCCCCAAGAAUCCUCAGGACAUCACGGUGCUGCGUGUGGGCAGUGAUACCUCCUGUGCUCAUGAUAAGGACGUGCCCACCUGCAAUGGUCCCCUGCCUGGCCCCGGGCCGUACAGGGUGAAGUUCCUUGCCUUCAAUGGCUCUGAGCCAGUGAAAGAGACACAGUGGUCAGAGCUCAUCACCCUAAAGAAAGCCACCCCGUUCGGAGACAUCCCCGCUAGUGACGGCAAGCACAGCGCCGGCAUGAUCGCCCUCACCACCAUCCUCUCCAUCCUUUUUGCCAUCCUGCUGGCUGGCCUGGUGGCCAUGAUGAUCUCUGGAGGCUUGGAUUCCUGCGGCAGCAGCUCCUUCACCAAGCCGGAUAUGGUGACGGUGCAGAGGUACAACACCCACCACGUCUACGACCAACCCGCCGCCCGGCUCUGAGCCCCCGCAGCCUUCCCGUCACCCACCCCAGCACCGCACACCCCCCACCCGCCUGUUCCCACCACCCCACGCACCCCCGGGCACACUCACCACUUCACCACCGUGGGGCGUGGCCAGAGCUGCCCCGUGGACCAGGACCCCACAGAGCGGUGAUGGGGUGCGAGAUAAAACCUUCUC